CACACUUCCUGUCACUUUCAAGAUCGCCUCCACCGGUACCGUUUUUGUGUAACCCGUCCAAACCUCCAGUGACGAGUGUACGCCUUUCAUGUGCGUGAUGGAUCUGCUGUGGAGUGUCCCAGCUUUAAACAUAGUGGUGUCAGUGUCCUUGAGUGUAGUCCUUGUGUGUAAGCUGGUCCACAGCUACCUCCGAUAUACUCACUGGGUAAAGGACUACGACCUUCUCCCUGGCCAUCGGGAUAAACACUGGCUCUGGGGUCACUUACACCUGUAUCCUGCACCUAAUGAGGAAGGCUUGACAUUUCAAAGGCAGUGCACAAAAGAUUAUCCACUCUUCCAUCGAUUUUGGGUCAGUUACUUUCGCUGUGUACUGAUCUGCCAUCAUCCAAAAUCAGUCAAGUUCAUAUUAAAGUCUUCAG